AUGAGUUGUCUUAUUGCACCUAUUGAGCUACCUUACUACGGUCGGGGUCUGGCUGCCGCAGAGAGGAUUCAACCAGGAACAAUCUUGCUGUCAAAAACUGUUGAUAUUUUUGCGCUUGAAGUUGGAAUUUUGACCACGCAUUGCUCUGGUUGUACAAGCGAAGGACAAAAAACACAAAGAUGCACGGCAUGUAAAACGAUUCAUUAUUGUUCAAAGGCGUGUCAAAAAGCUGACUGGCCAUUACACAAAUUAGAGUGCAAAGCUUUGCAAGCUUCUAGACAUAAUGGAACUUUGCCCUCAAUUUGCCGUUUACUUAUUCGUUUGUACGCAAUGUCGCUGGGAAAUCCGAAGAGUACUGAGUUAUUAGAAUCACACAUAACGGAUUUUCCCAAAGUAGCAGCUUCAUGGACUGAUGCAGAAUUAAUUGCGUCCGCAGCUUCCCACUAUACCAAGAGUUAUCAGACAGAUCUUUUUCGAUCUUUGUUUUGUAAGGUGGCUAUCAAUUCUAUGAAUCUUGUUACAUGCUCUUUUGAUCGACUAGGUGUCUGUUUAGAUACUGCUCUCUCACGCAUAAACCAUUUAUGCGAACCAAAUUGCCAUAUAAUUUUUGAAGGAUAUCGUGCAAUGCUUGUAGCGAGCCGUAAAAUUGAAAAAGAUGAACAACUUUUUAUUUCAUACACUGAUGUUCGGGUCCCCCAAUCAAUCCGCCAAAAGCAACUGAAAAAGAAAUACUUUUUUAAUUGCGAAUGUGAGAGAUGUGCGAAAGAAUCGUCUAAUAUGGAGAAAGAUGCUUCAUACUAUCAAUCUCAGCUUAAAAACAAUCGGGAAUCUUUAUCCAAAAAUCUAAAACUAGCAAAAGAACUUUGGACAUCGUCUUGCGAGAAAUGUUUAUAUCCAUGGGCGACUUUACUUCAUCGUAUAAAGCUAGGAUUUUUGAAUGAAAUGAACUAUGAUGGAGCAUUUACUGCGUUGCUCCUCAAGAGCGUGAAUGAUCCAAUUAGAGAUGUCAUUCACGUGGUAGAUGAGUAUCAACUCUUGCUUUUGGGUAAGCAAUUAAUAAUGGAAGUGAAGCAAAUCAUGUUUCCCAAUGACAGACCCCUUGAAAUUGAACUUAGUAGAGGGCCUAUACAUUCCGGUGACGCACGGCUGGAUCAGCGAGAAAAAGUGGAUUUUUCUGCUUUACGUGGUGAACAACAUUGCUUCUUAAGCUACUAUAAAUUUUCGUUGGAUGAUUUUGUGGUUUGGUUGUUAAACCGGGCAGGUUAUUUAUCAGUGGCAGUCAAGCAAAGCCAUCCAGAUACUUGCUUUGCGGCUUCUGUGGCAGAAGACGUCAAGGAAUUUCUUGAAGUCUGUAAGGAUUAUCAGCCUUCAAUUUUUGAUCAUGACUAUUAUCGAGCAUUUGAAGCCAAGCUUGAAGAAUCAUGCAAGGACUAUCUGAUGAGAUACUAG